AUGUCUGAAAGAAAAAGUAUCAACAAAUAUAGGGGCAAUGAGUUCUAUGAGGAAGACUUUGAGAAGCUUCGAAAGAAGCUCAAAAAACAGCAAAAGAACAACAAAUCGGGGCCACAAUUACAGGAUGUUAGGCUAAUGGCACCUUUCUCAUUGAAAUGUUUGAAUUGUAAUGAGUAUAUUUCUAAAAGCCGGAAAUUUAACGCCAAAAAAGAGACCACUAAUGAGCGUUAUUUGGGACUCAAGAUAUUCAGGUUCACAAUAAGAUGUCCCCGAUGUUCUAAUGUGAUCAAGUAUCGUACCGAUCCAAAGACUGCUGAUUAUAUUAUUGAAAGCGGGGCGGUGAGGAACUAUGUGAAUAAAAGUAAUGACGAGGCAGAAAGAUUCCGAAAUGAGACUUUGGAGGAAACCUUGGAGAGACUUGAAAAAGAAGAAGCAGAAAAUAAAGCAAAAGAAGAGCAGAAAAAGAACGGAAAUGGCUCCGUCGAUAUGAAUGAUGAGGCCACAGCCAUGGAGAAACUUGAAAAAAAGUUAGAACAGAGCCAAAAAGAGCAGGCACUUAGUUUUGAGAUUGAAUCACUUCUUAGAAAGAAUGCAAAAAAUGAAAAUUCCCGACUGCUAGGGACACUUGCUGAUGACGCUGAUAUCGAAAGUUUGGCGAAACAGGCGUUCAAGAAUAAAGGUUCACAAUCAAAGAUAGAAAAUGUGAGUAAAUUACAGCUUCUAGGCAAUCCUAGCAAGGUAUUUAAGACCGUCAAAAAGAAAAAGAAAAUAAUUAUCUAA